AUGGGGUAUAUCAACAGUAUUCCUACACCCAUACCAAGCAUGGGGUAUUCUGACAGUACUCCUACACCCAAACCAAGCAUACGGUAUAUCAACAGUAUUCCUACACCCAUACCAAGCAUGGGGUAUUCUGACAGUACUCCUACACCCAUACCAAGCAUGGGGUAUAUCGACAGUAUUCCUACACCCAAACCAGGCAUAGGGUAUAUUGACAGAAUUCCUACACGCAAAACAAGCAUGGGGUAUUCUGACAGUACUCCUACACCCAAACCAAGCAUAGGGUAUAUCGACAGUAUUCCUACACCCAAACCAAGCAUAGGGUAUAUUGACAGAAUUAUUGACAGGUAUAUCGACAGUAUUCCUACACCCAAACCAGGCAUAGGGUAUAUUGACAGAAUUCCUACACCCAAAACAAGCAUGGGGUAUUCUGACAGUAUAGGGUAUAUCGACAGUAUUCCUACACCCAAACCAAGCAUAGGGUAUAUUGACAGAAUUCCUACACCAAAAACAAUCAUGGGGUAUAUCAACAAUAUUCCUACACCCAUACCAAGCAUGGGGUAUUCUGACAGUACUCCUACACCCAAACCAAGCAUAGGGUAUAUCAACAGUAUUCCUACACCCAAACGAAAUAUGGGGUAUAUCGACAGUAUUCCUACAAACAAACCAAGCAUGGGGUAUAUUGACAGUACUCAUACACCCAAACCAAGCAUGUGGUAUAUCAAUAGUACUCCUACACCCAUACCAAGCAUGGGGUAUUCUGACAGUACACCUACACCCAAACCAAGCAGGGGGUAUAUCAACAGUAUUCCUACACCCAAACCAAGCAUAGGGUUUAUCGACAGUAUUCCAACAUCCAAACCAAGCAUGGCGUCUAUCGACAGUACACCUACACCCAAGCCAAGCAUGGUGUCUAUCGACAGUACACCUACACCCAAACCAAGCAUGGCGUCUAUCGACAGUACACCUAAACCCAAACCAAGCAUAGGGUAUAUUGACAGAAUUCCUACACUCAAACCAAGCAUAGGUUAUAUCAACAGUAUUCCUACACCCAAACGAAACAUGGGGUAUAUUGACAGAAUUCCUACACCCAAACCAAGCAUGGGGUAUUCUGACAGUACUCAUACACCCAAACCAAGCAUGGGAUAUAUCAACAGUACUCCUACACCCAAACCAAGCAUGGUUUGGGUGUAG